AUGAGUAGAGAGGAUUGUCUGACCCUGCUGUUCUCUGAUGCGCAGCAGGUCCUUACUAACGGGCUCUAUUGCAUUCAGAGUGUCACCUCCUCUCAGGCUCCUGAGAAGCAACAGGACAAUGGGACCUGGUUGGUGACGGAGUUUGUGCUGGUGGGCUUCUCCAACCUCCCACACCUGAGGACCACACUCUUUGCGUUGUUCUUCCUCAUGUACACGAUCACCCUUAGUGGCAACGUCACCAUUGUCACCAUCAUCCAUGUGGACCGGACAUUGCACACGCCCAUGUACCGCUUCUUGGCGGUGCUGUCCCUCUCAGAGACCUGCUACACGCUGGUCACUGUCCCCAAUAUGCUGGUGCACAUGAUGAUGGAGAGCCAGGCCAUCUCCAUCGCUGGCUGUCACGCUCAGAUGUUCUUCUUCCUGGGCCUGGGGUGCAGUCACUGUUUCCUCCUCACCUUGAUGGGCUAUGACAGGUACGUAGCCAUCUGCCACCCCCUGCGCUACUCGGUGAUCAUGAGACCCAGCAUGUGCGUCUGCCUGGGAGCCCUGGUUUUCUGUUCCGGUUUCUUGGUGUCCCUGAUCGAGACCAGCAUGAUCUUCUCCUCGCCCUUUUGCCGUGGAGAUCGCGUGGAGCAUUUCUUCUGUGACAUCGCCCCCGUGCUGAGGCUCAGCUGUGGUGACAGUGCUGGCAAAGCGCUGGUCAUCUUCUUCUUAAGCAUCUUGGUGGUGCUGGUCUCCUUCCUCCUCAUCCUCCUGUCUUACGUCUUCAUUGUGCUGCCCUACGUCUUCAUUGCGGCUGCCAUCGUGAGGAUCCCCUCAGCGGCUGGCCGGCGCAAGGCCUUCUCCACCUGCGCGGCCCACCUCACCGUGGUCGUGGUGCAUUUUGGCUGUGCCUCCAUCAUCUACCUGCGGCCCGAGUCUGGGGUCAACCCUGACCAGGACCGCCUGGUGGCUGUGUUCUACACGGUGGCAACACCACUCCUGAACCCUGUGGUGUACACGCUGCGGAAUAAGGAGGUGAGGGUGGCUCUCAGGAGGACCCUCGCUCUUAGCCGUAGAGUUUUACAAUAA